AUUCGAUGGGAGUGGAUUACCUCCUAACGUGUGAAGUUGUGCAGAUAGUCAUACAAACAACAGAACAGCGCUGAUUAUAAAAAUGGCCGCCUCUCAGAAAUGCCUUGGAAAAGGAAGCACUGCCCCUGGCCCUGUGCCAAAGGACCAUAUUCGGUUAUACAGCAUGAGAUUCUGCCCUUUUGCCCAAAGAACAAGGCUUGUGCUUGUUGCCAAAGGAAUAAAACAUGAAAUUAUCAACAUCAAUUUAAAAAAUAAACCUGAGUGGUUUUUGGAGAAGAAUCCUCUUGGUUUGGUGCCAGUGCUGGAAACCGAGAGUGGUCAGGUGAUAUACGAGUCACCAAUCACCUGUGAGUACCUGGAUGAGGUCUAUCCUCAGAAUAAACUGCUCCCAUCUGACCCGUUUCAGAAGGCCCAACAGAAAAUGCUACUAGACCACUUUUCCAAACUGACUCCAUACUUCCAUAAAAUCCCAAUGGGAAAGAAAAAUGGAGAGGAUGUCUCAGCACUUGUAGCUGAAUUUAAGGACAAACUCACCAAAUUAAAUGAGAUUCUCGUGAACAAGAAGGCCAAGUUUUUUGGAGGAGAUUCAGUCACAUUGAUUGACUACAUGAUGUGGCCGUGGUUUGAAAGGAUGGAGAUGUUGGAGCUGAAUCACUUAUUGGACGGCACUCCGGCGUUAAAAAAGUGGACUGGACACAUGUUGGAGGAUCCCAGUGUGAAAGCAACAAUGUUCAGCACAGAAACCUACAAGGUCUUCUAUAAGUCCUACAUGGAGGGGAACCCUAAUUAUGAUUAUGGGUUAUAGAAUAAAUCAUUUAUCAUGAUAACCCACAAUUUAUGCUUAAAAUUAAAUGAUGUUAUUCAUGUUAAUUCAGGUGAGCUUCAGCUGAAUUAGUGACACAAAUCUGUUUUCGGUAGAAUGAAGUGAAAUGCAAAAUUAAAGUGCAAUAAAAAUGUUUUCAAGAAA